GUGUGCGCCCCCCGCGGGGCACAGAUAAACAAGUCGACGUGUUAGGUCGGAACGUGUGUUUUCCUCUCCGUAGCAAAGGGCAGAGUUUUUGUUUGCUAACGAUUUGUCCCACUUUUUGAGGGCUCUCGUCCACAGAUCGGUGGUUGCUGUUAGGAAAACCGCUGCUUUAGCAUUUAAUUGAUUGAUCGGCUGCGGUGAAGUUCAAAUUCACGGCUCACAUUUCGAUUUAUUUUCGUCUCAAAAAAAGGGGGCCACGCCAGGGCUCCAGACUUGAAUCCGGUUCAACUUCAAGGGCAGGACUUUCGACCUCACUUUGUGUUCGAAUCGCCGGUUUAUAGCUUCUAACGACGAUGAAGAUCACCGUGAAGAUCCUCAACGAGACCUUCACGGUCCCCUGCAAGGACGGUUCGCAGACGAUCGAAUGGCUGGCCGAGGAGACCAUGCGUCGCUACAGGAAGGCGCGGUCGGCAGAAGUGGCGGGAAAAACGCCCCGCUUCCAAGUCAGGCGGGCGCGGGGGGACGGCCUGCUCGACGCCGAUGACUCGAUCGUGGACGUCUUGGACGACAACGAUUUCGUACACGUCGUGUUUAGUUCGGGGAGCCCUGGUGGCUCUGCACUGGUGCCAGCUGGUCCCAUACAGUCUGGCCUGCACUAUCAAGAACCAAAGGAAUAUCUGGCCCUGGAUGGAAACUCUCUCACCCCUACAGAUCUGGUGCAACUGGGAAAAGGACUCUACAAAAUCAAAUUGACAGAUGACUCCCUCUCCAAGGUUAAGGAGGCCAGAAAGCUGCUGGAAAAUAUCCUGACUGAAAACAAAGUGUGCUAUGGAAUCAACACGGGGUUUGGCAAGUUUGCCAGGACGGUCAUUCCAGCCAACAAGUUGGUGGAGCUGCAAGAAAACCUGAUCAGGUCUCACUCUGCAGGUGUUGGUCCUCCUCUCACCCCAGAGAGAACUCGCAUGCUGUUUGCCCUCAGAAUCAACGUACUGGCCAAGGGAUACAGUGGCGUUUCCUUUGACACUCUGACAAGGAUGAUCGACGCAUUCAACGCAUCCUGUCUGCCGUGGAUCCCGGAGAAGGGUACCGUGGGGGCCAGCGGGGACCUGGCACCGCUGUCACACCUGGCACAGGGCAUGCUGGGAGAGGGUCGCAUGUGGUCGCCCAAGACUGGCUGGGGAGACGCCAAGGAUGUUUUGGAAGCACAUGGACUGAAGCCUGUCAAACUGGGACCGAAGGAGGGUCUCGCACUGAUCAACGGAACACAGCUCAUCACAUCACUGGGUGCUGAAGCUCUGGAGCGUGCUGCAGGAAUCGCACGUCAGGCAGACAUCGUCGCAGCUCUGACUUUGGACGUGCUUAAAGGGACUACCAGGGCUUUUGACAGUGACAUCCAUGCAGCCCGCCCACACAAGGGUCAGAACGAGGUUGCUCGCAGGUUCCGCUCGCUGCUGCACUCAGAACUCUACCCUUCUGAGAUAUCAGAGAGCCACCGUUUCUGUGACCGUGUUCAGGACGCGUACACGCUGCGAUGCUGCCCGCAGGUUCACGGGAUCGUGAAUGACACCAUCGACUUUGUGAGCGGCAUCAUCACCACGGAGAUGAACAGCGCCACAGACAAUCCUAUGGUUUUCCCCCAGAGACAUGAGAUAAUUUCCGGUGGAAACUUCCACGGCGAGUACCCAGCCAAGGCCCUGGACUACCUGGCCAUCGGCGUGCACGAGCUCGCCUCCAUGAGCGAACGCCGGAUCGAGAGGCUCUGCAACCCAACAUUGAGUGAGCUGCCAGCCUUUCUAGUGGAGGAGGGAGGUCUGAACUCUGGCUUCAUGAUCGCACACUGCACGGCUGCUUCUCUGGUAUCAGAGAACAAGGUCCUGACCCACCCGUCUUCUGUGGACUCCCUGUCCACCAGCGCUGCUACCGAGGACCACGUGUCCAUGGGCGGCUUCGCUGCUCGCAAGGCUCUGCAGGUCGUGGAACAUGUGGAACAAGUCCUUGCGAUCGAGCUGCUGGCAGCGUGCCAGGCUAUCGAGUUCCUGCGGCCGCUCCACACCACCGUACCGCUGGAGAAGGUGUACGACCUGGUCAGAAAUGUGGCAGGCCCCUGGGACAAGGAUCGCUUCAUGUCGCCUGACAUUGACGCAGUCACCAGGCUGUUGCGGGAUGGGGAGGCUUGGGAAACUGUGAAACCUUACCUGGAUGAGUACAAGAGAGAGGUUUGGGGAGCGGCCAAGCCGUACCUGGACGACUUCCACGAGCGUGAGGUCAAGGAGCUGAGGCUGGGGUCUCCCACCAGUAGUUACCUCUCAAACCUGCCUCUACAUCAGCUCAGGAUGGGCCCCUGAACGCCUGGAGGAGACCUAGUUGUACACUAGGAAUGUCUCCAAUACUCUACAACAAAGCUUGGACAAAAACAUCUCGCAAGAGAAAAUUUUACCUUUUUUCUGUUAUUUUUGUUGGUUCUGUACUUACUUGGACAGUAUAAACUGAUGUUUAAGUUGUACAUUCAUGUGUACAAUGUGUUUUUAAAGCAUACAAAAUGUCUUCAGAAAAUUCUUGAAGAGAACUGAAAGGCUAAUCCAAUGGUUGACUCUCUGAAUACACUGAGGAUAGUUUUGUGAGUUCAUUUGAAUUCUUUUAACAUUAAAAAAGAUCUCAACAGUGUAUGAGAGCACCAUGUUAAUGUUCUACAAAGGAAAAAUAUUGUCAUCUCUACCAUUUUGUAAUAACCUGUUUUGCUGUCAAUUGUUGAUGUACUGUGAAGAAUUUUCCAGAAAUAUUUUCAUUAGGUAUUAAGACAUCCAGGUAACUUCCCUUAUACCUCAGUUUCUCACACAUUAUGUACUAGUAACUUGUACUUAGUAAUACAAAUACUUGAAUGUAUGAAUAGAAAAUGGUGCAUUACACUUGAGAACUGUGUAGCUGGGGACAGUAAAAGUAUUGAAACUCAGAUAAAAAUCUGAUCAUGCUGCUAGUAAUAUUGCGAUAAUCACUGCAAAAUGUAGAAGCAAUACAUGUACAUGAUGUACAUGUAAUUACUAGUAUGAUAAUAUAAGCCAUGCUUAUACAUUGCUGCAAAAUUGUGCUUCUAUUUUGUGAUAAAAUUCUACACUAUCGAGCUUGCAAGGUACUGCUAUUGUCCCACACUACCUUCUCUUUGAGAGAACAUUUUUCUCUACCACGUAGGAAAAAUAAGCAAUCAGCAAAGUAGGGAAAAAGCUUGAAACAAACUGCAAAGUAGGAAAAAAAGCUUCAAACCAUCAGCAAAGUAGACAAUAUGGUCUGUCAUCAUGACAAAUCCUUGUACAUGUACUAAAAUAUUGGCAGUUGGAUGUUAUAGGUAUGAAGUAGGUAUACGUGUUGUGUAUAUACAUGUAGGACGUAGGAGUUUUGCCUUACAGUAUUUGCCUUCUGAAUGAACUUGAUGUGCGAAAGCCAGAGUCAAAGCAAGACAGUACAUGUAGCUUGACUGAGUGUGAAACUUAGAAACAUGGGAAGGAUGAAUGGGAGUGUAUGAGAUGAAAAUCAAGGCUAUCAAAGAGGAAGAUGACAAUGUACCAAGUUGAGGAGAAUGGUGUGUGUUGUAUUGGGUGUUAACAUUAUUGAUCACUUAAUAGUGCACCAAUACUAUACAAUAUUCUAUUUUGUGCAUGAAUGUAUUCUCUACCAUUAUAAAUCAAUGCAAACGUAGUUGCGACACUGAGCCAUCAGCAAACAUUGAAAAACUUCACAGUAGUAGGUGUUUUCAAAAUUUAAUGUUAAAAUACAGUCUACAAUGUCUGUAUGGCUUAAAACUCAACCUGAAUGCAACAAGAAUUGUACAGAGAAUACUAUCUGUAACAGCCAAUGAAAUCACAACUCAUGUUUGUGGAUGUCAAAAUUGACAUCAGGACUGCUUGACCAAUCAGAAUGCCUGAGAAAUGGGACAAGCUGAUUGGUUGGAUAUCUAUGCAUUAUAAUGGUAAGCUCUUGUUGUGUUCAAACCUUCCCUAGAUGUCUAAGCCAUUGAAAGCUUUAUGAGCCGUAGCCACUUUCAAGGGAACCAAUUCAUGCAUAUACAUGUACCGGGGUAUGUAGAGAAACUAGGGAUCAUAAUUCAUAUUAAAUGUAGAAUUCUAAUCUUGAGUUGUGUAUGGUUUAAGGUUGAAUUGUCUGUUGGGACUGCAUCAAAAUAAAACCAUGACUACAAGAUUUAUUACACCUUUGUCUUCUUGUUUGCAACACUUUAGAUUUCCAAAGUCUUCAGCUUGAGUGUGGUGCUGAACCUACUUUAUAACCUCACCUCCCAUUGGUUGUGUCUUUGUAGGGCAGGGCUUAUUUAAUCAUGAGCCAAUGAGCAUUUAGGAUUCCAGUUUACAAUUUUCACUUUUUUUGCACCACCACCAACGCUGGUCGCACCAGGGGCAACAGCCUUUCUCCUGGAUGUUUUGCCCCACAAGAGGUCCAGUAUGACAUAGAUGUCAGGGCUAGAAAUACUUUUUUCCGCAUACCUGCACUGCAC